AUGGCAGUACCAUGGUUCUAUGUAGUCUUUCUUGCUUAUCAUGUGGUUUUUGGUGCAGAAGUAAUUAUCGAGUAUUAUCCUUCUCAAUCUGUCUUAGAUAUGAAUAACAAAGUCGUCAGAAAAAGAGAAGUAAAUAGUACUGAUGAUCCUAAUCUCAACAUAAAUGGAAGCGACAGUUAUUGGAGGCAUUUUAAUAACGAUACUGAUGAUGGUGACAUUCAUAAAAGAGCUUUAGAUCCCGUCUUUUACGGUCAUCCAAAGACUAGAGAAGAAUUGUGGAAUGAACGGUUUCUUAACGAGACUACAUCGUUUGACCAAACACCAUCGCUUGUGAAAUUACUGCAUAAUAUAACACUGACUUAUCUAAAGGACUGCACGCCAGUAAUUCUUUAUGACAAUCAAGUCAUGUCCAAGGAAAGUUAUUUGGUGCAAAAUCUCCUAAAAGGGUUCCCGACGACUUUCAUUCAUGGUUAUAUCAACGAUGAUGGAGAAUUAGUAGAACCAGAACUGAUUCAUGCAACGAUAGAAUGCCAAAAUUACAUUCUAUUCCUGUCGGAUAUAAAGAUCAGUGCUAAAAUAUUGGGAAAACAACCGGAAAACAAAAUUAUUAUUAUUGCAAGAUCUUCUCAAUGGGCCGUGCAAGAGUUUCUUGCAAGUGUCACAUCGAGAAAUUUUGUUAAUCUUCUUGUAGUGGGGCAGAGUUUUAAGGAAGGCGAUGAUGCUAAACUGGAAUCACCUUACAUUCUGUAUACUCAUAAAUUGUAUACAGAUGGUUUAGGUGCCAGUCAGCCACUUGUUCUGAAUUCUUGGACUCAUGGAAAAUUUUCAAGAGAAGUCAAUUUAUUUCCCCUCAAGAUGACGGAAGGUUACGCUGGUCACAGAUUUGUGGUUGCAGCUGCCAACCAACCUCCAUUUGUGUUCCGGAGGAUCAAAUCAGAUUUAGACGGUGGAAAUCCUCGAGUGGUUUGGGAUGGCAUUGAACUACGACUGAUCAAAUUAUUGGCAGAAAGGAACAACUUUUCUAUAGAAAUCAUUGAACCUCGAGAGCCUAAUUUAGGGCCUGGUGAUGCUGUAGCUAAAGAAAUAGUCACAGGACGAGCAGAUAUUGCAAUCGCUGGGAUGUAUUUAACCAAUGAUCGAAUUAGAGAAAUGGAUAUGUCUUUGGCGCAUUCUCACGAUUGUGCUGUUUUUGUUACUCUAAUGUCAACAGCUUUACCACGCUAUCGAGCGAUCCUCGGCCCUUUCCAUUGGCAUGUCUGGGUUGCAUUAACGUUCACCUAUCUCUUCGGCAUGUUUCCACUGGCUUUCUCUGAUAAGCAUACUUUAAGACAUUUGAUACACAAUAGUGGAGAAAUAGAAAACAUGUUCUGGUACGUUUUUGGUACAUUUACAAAUUGUUUCACGUUUCUUGGUAAGAAUUCUUGGAGCAAGACUAAUAAGAUUACCACAAGGCUUUUGAUUGGGUGGUACUGGAUUUUCACAAUAAUAAUAACAAGUUGUUACACUGGUUCUAUUAUAGCGUUUGUAACAUUACCAGUGUUUCCUGAAACUGUGGAUACUAUCAAGCAAUUGUUGGCUGGAUUUUAUAGAGUUGGCACGUUGGAUCGAGGUGGUUGGGAAAAAUGGUUUCUAAAUUCAUCUGAUCCUCAAACUAAUAAGUUGUUGAGAAAACUUGAAUUGGUACCGAGUGUGGAAGCAGGUAUCAGAAAUACAACCAAGGCAUUCUUCUGGCCUCAUGCUUUUUUAGGAUCCAAGGCUGAACUUGAAUAUAUUGUACAAGCAAAUUUCACAGCGACUAAAUCAAAGCGCGCAGUCCUCCACAUUUCCAACAAAUGCUUCGUACCUUUCGGAAUUACUAUUGGAUUUCCAAAUAAUUCUGUGUACUCUGCUAAAAUGAAUUUAGAUAUCAGCAAGAUGAUUCAAAGUGGUUUAAUCUAUAAGAUUACUAACGAAGUUCGCUUUGAAAUGCAACGGAGCCCCACUGGGACUUUACUGGCUGCUGGUAGCGGUACAAUCAAUAUCCCAUCAGCAGAAGAAAAAGGUUUAACUCUAGAAGAUACACAAGGCAUGUUCCUUCUUCUAGCAGCAGGUUUCACUAUAGCAGCAACAGCAUUAGUCUCAGAAUGGAUGGGAGGCUUCACAAGGCGAUGUAGAUUCCAGAAAAAAUCCGAAACACCAACCAGUGCAAAUUCUAGGGAAAAUUUAAUAAUAACGCCUAAAACUGAUGUUGAUAGUGAAAUAAGGAUUAUAGAAGACACUGAGAGUAGACUGCAUUUUGAGGAAAGACCGUCUUCUUCAGUCUCUGUGGAUACCUUAGAAGGUCAAGUAAUACAUGUUACUGAAAGCAGUAUCGAUGUCCAUAAUACUUUCAAUGUUGAUAGGUUUGAUUCUAGAAGGUCCAGCUCGUUAGAUUUGGAUAGAGAAGUUCGAGAAAUAUUCGAAAAAGACCAGAAAAGACGAAGAAUUUUUUCCCGUGAUAUGGAGUCUUUGGAUGAGAAUGGAAGCACUGUGUCUAGGGCUGCGUUUGGUGAUUCAGUGAAAAAUGAUAUUUGA